AUGGUUUUCGCCUUCCCUUUCUCUCUUGAAGCGCAAGAAAAGACAUGGUUUUAUUCGCUACCAGAUGAGAUUGCUACCAAUUGGGAUUUCUUGAGAAGAGAGUUUCUAGAUAAAUUCUUCCCACCGGAGAAAACCGACUACAUCCGGAAGGAGAUUUCGGGUAUAAUGCAAAGAGACCAAGAGAGUUUGUACGAGUAUUGGGCUCGGUUCAAGAGGCUAUUAGAAUCUUGUCCACACCAUGGAAUGAAUACUCACUUGCUCAUUAGCUACUUCACCGGAGGUCUUUGUGUGGAAGAUAGAAGAUUGCUCACCGCUUCUAGUGGUGGUUCCCUCUCAAAAAACAAGACGGAGGGAGAAGCUUGGAAUUUGAUAAAAGAUGCUGCCGAAGCUACACAACAUACAAGGGUGAGAAGUAAUCCUCGCAAAGGUGUGGUAGAACCGUCUCCUUCUGAAUCAAGCCUAACCAAAGUACUUGGGGAGAUGACCACCAUCCUCACGCAAAUACAAAAGGAUCAAAAGAAAUUCUACUCUAUCCAAGCCGUCCAAGCUCCACCUCCAGUUGCUCAACUUGAAGGCCCUCUUGGGAUUUGUGGUUUGUGCUCUAGCACUACACAUUACACCGAUCAAUGCCAUCAAAUUCAAGAGGAACAUGCCAUUGUAGUGGCCAAUGUGAAUUACAACAACCGUCCACCCUAUCCUUCUCAAGGCCAAAACCACAACCCUCAUGGUAGUAAUCAACAUCAAGGGUGGAUGAAUAAUGCACAAGAGAGCAAUCAAAACCAAAGAUGGAACAGCUCUUCUUCUCAUCACAACAACAACCAAUCUUCAUCUCAAUACCACCAUAACAACAACAACUACCAAGCCAACCAAAAUCACCACAACCAAAUCCAAAAUAACUACACCAAGUACCAAGCACCACACCAUAGACAACAAUCUAACCAAACCUCUCCAUCUCCCACCAAUCAAGUUGACGAGCUUAGAGCCACUGUGGAUAAACGGGAUGAGGGCUAUAAAGCUCAAUUCGAGGCCAUGAGUGCUCAAUUGGUCAAUCUUACUGACAUGAUUUCGAAGAUGUCCAUGUCCUCCUCCAACAAUACCAACCAACCCUCAAGUUCUUCUAACCUUCCAUCCCAACCCCAACCAAACCCAAAGGGCGGUCUCAACGCCAUCACUCUACGGUCGGAAACUACAUUGGAGGAGAUACCUCCAAGGGUCUUGGAGGACAUUGAUGAGGAAGAAGUGAUUGUUGAAGCUCCACAUGAAAAGGGGGAGGUAGACAAAAGGCAUGAGGGAGAAGGAGUAAACCUUAAGGAACCUAAGAGGAAAGCUCUAGUGGAUGAGUCCAUCCCUAUUCCAUUCCCUUCCAUGGUGAAGAAAGCAAAGAAGACACCGGAAUUUGAUUUGAACAUGCUUCAAGUGUUCAAGAAGGUUGAGGUAACCAUACCACUUCUUGAUGCUAUUUAA